AUUGUCCCGCGCGCGGACGUUUUUUGUCACCGCGCACCUCGGCCCUUCGGAGGUUAAGCCCAGUGGCCCUGCGGAUGCCGACUAGGGGAGGGGACAGAAGUAGCUUAACCCGAGUCUGUCGUGUGCAGCAUCGGGGCAGAGAGUUGCUUAACCGAGCUCGUCUUGCCGUAGAGCCGUGCUGGGCACUGAGGCUGGGACAGGCCCUGCCUGGUCCUCGACCCGGUGGACGCCCAGCUCGGGAUCUCAGGCCCCUGCCCGUGCCUGGAGGAGAGCAUGGAAGAGAGGGAUGAGAAGCCCCCGGGACCCCUGAAGGCCAGCGCGCAGGAUCUUAGUUCCCCGACCCGGGAUUGAACCUGUGCCAGGGCAGUGAAAGUGCUGGGUCCUAACCACUGGACUGCCAGGGAAGUCCCUAAGUGUGCUUUCUGUUAUUUCCUAAGGAAAUACUAUCAAGAAGACUUACUGGAUAUUACAUUUUUAAAAUAUUGCCAUUAAAAAAAACAAAAAUAAAAGCAAAGAGUAUAUGUAAAAAUGGAUGAAAUCUGGAUAAAGUCGGUACCUGAGUUAAAAAUGUUGAACUGAUAUCAGUUUCCUGAUUUUGACAAUGCACUGUGGUUACGUGUGAUAGUAUCAUUGGGAGAAACUGGGUGAAGGGUACACAGGAACUCUCUCUGUUCUGUUUUUGUAAAUUCUUGUGAGUCUUAAACUAUUUCAAAAUAAAAUGUUAUUUUAAGAAAUAUAUUGCCAAUCCAGGGAGCUUGUAUCAACUUAAACUUCCACUAGGAGUAUAUGAAGCUCUUGACCCGUGGGCCACCAGGGCAGGAGCCAUUAGCAACAGGCCGAAGAAGCAGUCCAUGUGGUUGGGAUAUUGGUUACAUACAGGGGUUUGAGCAGAUAAGUAAAUAUAAAUAGGAUAAUGGGACGCAGAGAAGGAAGGUACAAAUAUAGAAAGUGGGAAGGCUAGAAUUGUUGAAUUGUAAUUGGAAUUAUUGCUGUGAAUUUAAUGGUCUCUAAGGUAUAGAGGUGUCAUAGAAAUAGAGAUGUGAUUUUAUCUGAUUGAAAGAGAUGAGCAUCUUUUUGUAUAUUCACUGGCCAUUUUAUUUCUUCAUAGUUGAGUUGCCUGCGCAUUUUCCUUUGUCUAUUUUUCUUUCUUUCUGAUUCGGAGGAAAUCUUAACAACAUAGAUUCUUAUUGGUGGUGCCUUUAUCGGUGGCACUUUUUGCCAAACAUUUUAUGAAGUUAAUUUGUUGAUCUUUGUCUUUAUCAUUCUUUGGUCUUGCUGUAUUACGUGUUAUUUCCGUACAAUUCCGUGAUCCAGGAAUUCAGGCAGGGAUUUAAGCUGGACAGUUCUUUUCUUCUGCAUCGUGUCUGGGGUCACUCAGCUCCGUUCAGCUGGUAGCUGGGCUGGUCUGGAAGAUGCACAAAGACAUCAUGCUGUUUCUGAUGCCUCUUGCUCCUCCAGAUGUCCCCUCUCUCUCUCCACAUGCUCAGCUUGAGCUUACCAGUGGGAAGGAGCAGAAGUUUGGACUGUCUCCUUCCUCAGGAGAUUAUCGUCAAGGUCGAGAGAGACGAUGCCGGGUCACUGGCCGUUGCAUCCCAGGAAGGAGUGAACUUCCAUAGAGUGACUGUGGACUUCACUCAGGAGGAAGAAGGCACUUUGAACCCUGCCCGGAGGACCCUGGACAGAGAUGUGAUCCUGGAGAACCACAGGCACCUAGUCUCUUGGAAGUCGGCAACUGCACUUGGAAGAAGAGAAUCAACAUCAAAGCAGAGCAGUUUUGGUGAUGAACCAUCCCACAGAGUGAAGAUAGAAAGGUUGACAAGAGAUGAUCCUUGGUUAUCUUCAUGUGAAGAAGUUCAGGAUUGUAAGGAGCUUUUGGAGAAGCAACAGGAAAAACAAGAGAGACUUUUGAAGGAAGUGACAUUCACUCACAGAACAGCUAUUAGUCAUGAGAGAGCCUGCAAAAGUGAUGACCUUGAGGAGAAGCGUGGUCCAAAUAACAGUCUUCUUUCACCACAGAUGAUACCCAUAAGAAACCAUUUUCAUAAACAUGCUUCACAUGUUAAAAAAUUUCAUUAUAAUUCUAUGGUAAACACUCAUCAGAUGAUUAAUGAUAGUGAGAAACUCUGUGAAAAUAAAGAAUGUGGAAACCUCCCCCAGAGCAUUCAUUUUUUUCAGUUUACAAAAGCUCAAACAGAAGAUAAAUCCUAUGGAUUUAGUGACAGUAUUCAACACUUUAGCCAUGAUAAACCCCUAAAUCUACAUGAGAAAAUACAUGCACAAGGAAAAUCCUUUGAUUUUAAGGAACAUGGGCAAGUUUUGAACCACAGCAUAUCCCAUAAUGAACAACAGAGAAUCCCUGUUGAAGAGAGUCAGUAUAAAUGUAAUAAAACCUCCCAGAGUUCAUCCCUUGCUCAAAACAUGAGAAAUCAUUCUGAAGAGAAACCCUUUGAAUGUAAUCAGUGUGGGAAAUCCUUCAGCUGGAGCUCUCAUCUUGUUGCACAUCAGAGAACUCACACAGGGGAGAAACCUUAUGAAUGUAACGAGUGUGGGAAAUCAUUCAGCCGCAGCUCUCACCUUGUUUCCCAUCAGAGAACUCAUACUGGAGAGAAACCUUACAGAUGCAAUCAGUGUGGGAAAUCCUUUAGCCAGAGCUAUGUCCUUGUCGUGCAUCAGAGAACUCAUACUGGAGAGAAGCCUUAUGAAUGCAGUCAGUGUGGAAAGUCAUUCAGGCAGAGCUACAAACUUAUUGCACAUCAAAGAACUCAUACUGGAGAGAAGCCCUACGAAUGUAAUCAAUGUGGGAAAUCAUUUAUCCAGAGCUAUAAGCUUAUUGCCCAUCAAAGAAUUCAUACUGGAGAAAAGCCCUAUGAAUGCAAUCAAUGUGGAAAGUCCUUUAGUCAAAGUUACAAACUUGUCGCGCAUCAGAGGAGUCACACAGGAGAAAAACCCUUUGAAUGUAAUCAGUGUGGAAAAUCCUUCAGCUGGAGUUCUCAACUGGUUGCACACCAAAGAACUCAUACUGGAGAGAAACCCUACGAAUGUAAUGAGUGUGGGAAAUCUUUCAACCGCAGUUCUCACCUUGUUAUGCAUCAGAGAACUCAUACUGGAGAAAAACCCUAUGAAUGUAAUCAGUGUGGGAAGUCCUUCAGCCAGAGUUAUGUUCUUGUUGUACAUCAGAGAACUCAUACUGGAGAAAAGCCCUAUGAGUGCAGUCAGUGUGGAAAAUCCUUCAGGCAGAGUUCAUGCCUUACUCAACAUCAGAGAACUCAUACUGGAGAGAAACCCUAUGAAUGUAACCAAUGUGGAAAAACAUUCAGCUUGAGUGCUCGACUUAUUGUACAUCAAAGAACUCAUACUGGAGAGAAACCCUUUACAUGUAAUCAGUGUGGGAAAGCUUUCAUUAAUAGUUCUAAACUUAUUAGGCAUCAGGCAACUCAUAUUGAAGAGAAACCCUAUGAAUGUAACUAGUUUGGAAAUCUUUCAGCCAGAGUAUAUCCCUCCCUCCUUCCCUCCUUCUCUCCCUCGCUCCCUCCUUCCCUUCCUCCCUCCCUUCAGCCCCUCAUUUCCUCCUUCCCUCCUUCCAUUCCUCCAGGAUUACAUGUAUUGGAAAGAACUACUAUGAAAACAAUGUGUCUGGAAAAAGCUUUCAGUUAGCUCUCUGUUAUUGUGUAUCUGGAAAUUUGUUCUGGGGAAGAAACAGAGAAAAACUAUCAAAUAUUUUACUUAACAGUUCCAUGUUAAAAAAUCAAACUUGGCCCUUAUAACACAUUCCCACAAAAGUAAUAACUACUGGCGCUUUUCCUUGUAGAAAGCACUUCGACCUGACUUUGAGAGAAUUACCAUUAAAUGGGCAGUAUGCUGUGGAGUGAUUGCCAGUGAGGUGGACCUCUUUUCCAAUAAAGAAUAAAUGAGAAUGCUGAUACCAGUGGGCUUGUUGUUGAGAAGGUUGGAAAAUUGCUGUAGUUAUUAGAACUUAGGCUGGAAAAUGGCAUUUCAGUGUAUCAUUUUCCAACAUGAUUUCUCUAGCAGCUACUUAGUAAUCAGUUUCAUACAGCACUUUCUCUUAUAUGUGAAGAUUUUGUAAAAAUUAGGGAAAUGGCUACGAUAUGAACUGAAAAAUGCAGGGCAAGAGUAUAGAACAUUCAUUUCUAGAACCAUCAUGAUAAGAUAUUUGUGUUUGGAUCAGGGUCUAAAGGGAUUCUAGGUGUAUCUGUUUUAAUUUUAGGCUUAUGCCUGUUUUUUUUUGUGUAUGCUUUUUUAUAAUACUAACAAAUGAUAUGAGUAAUAGUCAAAAAAGUACAAACAUUUCCAUCUCUUUGACCAUUUAGGAAAGACCUGACAGUCAGAUAGCAAAGAUCCCUUAGGGUUCUGAGAGUUCCAUUUGGAUUAGCAUGAACAGGUUACUCCUUAGGACUUAGAUUCCCAGGAAUGUUCCUCAUUGAGAAUAAAAUAUUUCCCUGUGAAUGUGGAACUGGAAAUUUAAGCCAGAGGGACUGAGAAUGCAUGGGCAGUAUGGAGGGCAUAUGGGCUUUUUUUAACCCAUAUAUCAAAAGCAGUAUA